UUUUAACAGUGUAUCCAACAAAUUAAAAAAUCUACUCAAUUCAGUUUUUAUUUUUCAUUACAACUUGUAUUUAUGUUAUUAUCAACGUAAUCAACCUUGGUAAUUAUCAAUGAAACUGUGAUAAAUGGUAUUUCAUUUUCUCGAUCUACCAUCAAUUAAACUGUGUCUACGAAGAGAUUGUUUUAAUUUCAGCUUGAUUGGAACCGGAAACUUUUUCCACUUUUUUACCAUCAAUUGAUAAUGACAUGUGAAAGUAAACUUGAGAAAGAUACUCCACCUGGAAAAACAUCUAGACCGGAGUUAGAUGAUCAAUCAAAACGAUUAUCUUCGACAGUUUUAGCCAUAUUAUUGUCGAUAUUGGUUCUUGCUGCUGCUUACUAUAUUCAAUAUAUACGAUCGUAUAAACCUAUCGAAAAACGAUUGGAGGAUACAUUGAAUAGUUUAUUGAAAAUUGAAAGAGAUGCUCAAGUUAAUGUUGAUGCAAAGAUUGCCAUUGGUUAUGGCGCCUGCCUUGAUUAUAUCGUCCCUUCUCGAUGUUUAAUUUUAAAUAAGCGUAACCCACCAACCAAAGCUUACCAUCAUGUUUCAGUUGAUGAUGACAACGAGCUUCUUGAAGUAUUUGCCUAUUAUUUCAAUCAUGGUGCAGCUGCUGAACGAUACAUUAAUAAUAAAACCUUGUUUGGAGAGCUUGUAUCCAUUAGCGAAACUUGUGAUAUUACUCGAACGGUUGGAGGUAAUGCGCCUAUUAUGGCCUCUCGACUGAUAAAAGAAGGCAUCAAAAAUAUUUUAUUGGGAGCUCAAAUGUCCCCGAAAUUGAGAAAAUAUCUAGACUCAGACAUAACCAUAGCUGGACCACAAACUGAGACUGACGAUGUUCAUCUGUUAAUUGAAUACCCAACUGGAGAGAAUUGGUUAGAUAUUUAUUCAGCUCCGAGAGCAAAUCGUUUUAUUGUACAUAAUGAUGACAACAAUCCAUUACUCAAAUCGUUGGAAAUAUUCCACCGGCAGAUGACUGUCUUCAAACCUGAUUUAUUUAUUAUUGGGGGACUACAAAUGAUGGAAGGUUAUCCUGGAAAUGGAGAAAAAAAGCGUUCUCGGUUGGAAAAAGUUAACCAAUUUAUUAAAGAAAAUUUUGUUUACGAUAAUCAUGGUGAUGACCAUGGAAAAAAGACCAAAAUACAUUUUGAGAUGGCUUCUUAUUCCGAUGAAGCUAUUCUUCGUGAUAUUAUCGAGCUAAUUCUACCUUAUGUAGAUUCUUUGGGGAUGAAUGAGCAAGAAUUACCCAACCUUUAUCAAAUGUUAACUUAUGGGAAUUUAACCUUAGUUUCUGACCCAUAUCCUCGAGUUGCCAUGGUUUUAGACCAAAUGAGAGAUAUUUAUGAAGCCAUGAACUCUUACACAAGUGGUCGUAUUAGUCGCAUUCAUGUUCAUACUUUAGCUUUUCAAGCUAUUCUAACCCAAGCUAAUUCUGGAUGGAAACAUACCGCUGCAGCAGCUGCUAAAGCAGCUCUAACAUCUCAUCGACAUACUUGUGGAUCUCAUGAGAUUGAUGCAGCAAAAGCCAGAUUAAUUAUGGAUGAAUCCUUUUCUACAACUCGAAGCUCUAAGCAGAAAAUUAAGCGAAUCUUAUUUAACUCUAACGUUCCAGUUGCCUGUUGGUCCGAGACCAUCGCCGGUCAACAGAUACAAAUAUGUGUAGCUCCAGUACUUGUUUGCACCUCUGUCCUACAAACUGGUGGAGGUGGUGACAAUGUUUCCGCUGCUGGUCUAGUUCUUCAAAUAUAAUUCCAAUCCAUCUUGAAUACAAAUUAAUCGAUAUUUAUUAUGAAACAAUUUUUCAUUAAAAUCUCACAUUCACCUGACUUUCCUGAUUAAA